GGAAGCAGUCUGUGCUCCCCAGGACCCAGGAGCUGCUGGACUGGGGGAACUCAGAGGCUUCCAGGAGGCAGGUGACACCCAGGACACUCCUGCUAGGAUGGGUCUAUCCAUGGAGGAGCUGAGGGAGGAGCUGGAGGUCACGGCUCAGGAAGUACUAGGGAGACUCAAGAGUCACCAGCUGUUCCAGUCUGCGUGGGACACCGCUGCCUUCAUCAUCUUCCUCACCUUCAUGGGUACUGUGCUGUUCCUGCUGCUACUGGUCGUGGGCCACUGCUGCUGCAGCUGCUACUGCAGCUCCCCCAGGCCAAGGGGGAGCCCCGGGAAGGAGCGACCCAAGGGAGUGGAUAACUUGGCCCUGGAACCUUAACCCUGUGAGUCCCCACCAGCCUCUUCCUUGUGUCCUGCUGGGUGACAGUAAC